AGGCGCUGACCACUAAUAUCCAUUAGUCAUGCAUUACAUAAUACUUAGCAGAUGAGAACCCCCCUCUGGUUGAUCAAUACAGUUUAGUGUCCACAGUAAACUGGGUGCGGCAGUCGACACAAGCCAUCAGUGGUAGGAUCCUUACAACACAGAGGAGUUUCUUCAAAUGGAGGCCUCAAAGAAGAAUAUGUCAGACCUGGAAGAGGGCAUGGUCACUAUUAUCAAAGUUUUCCACAAAUACUCGGGUCACAAGUGCAAGCUGAAGAAAGCAGAGCUUAAAGCGCUUAUCAACAAUGAAAUGAGUCAAUUCAUAAUGAAAAUUCAAGAGAAUGAAACUCUGGAUAAGCUUGUUGCAGACCUUGAUCAGAACGGAGACCUGGAGAUUGACUUCAAAGAGUUCAUCACCCUCAUCGCCAUGGUUACCUCAGCAUGCAGUGAACUCUUCCAAACUACCUAACUAUUAGUUAGCAUGUAUAGCUACUUAUUACUUAUUAAACAUCUGAGGAUCA